GGGUAGGAGUAGUAGUCAGUGAGUAAGGGGUGAGAGUGGGUGAUAGUAGGUGGUAGAUCUCUAGUUAGCCAAGACACAUUGACAAACCGUCGUGCCAGCAUGGCAGCAGCACGCGGUGCGAUUAACGAGGUCUUCUUCUUCUCACCUCGAGAUUAAUUCGAUCGUUUUUCUGGCAAACCUCGGAUUACUUCGGUGCAACUAGGAUUGAGUGAUCCGUCAUUUUUACGUUUCGAAGCCGAAGAUUCAUAACGAAGAGGAAUUUGUGUUCGGGGUGAAGUUAUGUCUUCUUUGUGUUUCAAGAUCAGACUGAAAGUUGCAUUCUGAGGAAUAUGUGGUUCUCGCGGAGAACGAAAGCGGAGUUCAGAAAUGUUCGGGAAGAAGAUUAGAAAUCUUUAUAAGAACAGAAAGAAGAACUGAAGACCGUGGGAAGAGACUAUGUGUAGUGACGCGAUAUUUAACGAGCGUAAAUCAAAAACCGAUUCGAACAGAAUACAGGGUGUGGUGUUAACGUCUUGUCGUUAAAAUUAUUCGUCGAUCGUAAAAGUGGACCGAAAUCGAUGACGCUAGUUUUACGUGACGAAACGUGUAUUUUAGAACGAGUAAUGUUCGCUCGAAGAUGGAGAACAAAAUCACGUGGGCUGAUGCACAUGGUUUUCAAGCUAUGAAUGAAAAUAUCUGGCAGAUUUUCUGCAGAAGCCUUUAGAGGAGACCGACAGGUCUUCCAAGCCAUAAAGGGAGACCAGAGGGGCUGGACCACAUCUCUACAGAGAGGAGGCAAUCCGUCCGCGUAUUUUGUCGAGAGGCGAGGGAAGGGGGUGUCUCUAAGGGCGGCUGCGACCAGAAAUUUCGCAGAGAUGGAGUUUCUGCAGAAUCAUCACGCGGUGAACACCUCCGAAUCGCCGUACACCCUCGGCACAGGUUCGGUAGGAAGUAUCGAGGCCACUAUACCUUCGAGCCUCUGUGCCGGGCCUCUGGAAGUGCUGUCCAACGACGACACAUUAACAGACAACCAGAACGAGGAGACUUUGGGUGCCUUGCAGGGCACCCUUCGUCUUCAGGAUCUGCAGAACUCGCCGGAGGACAUCGGCGGAGACCAAGGUCAACAGAUCCAGAACACUGGACAGAAUCAAGUAGUGAGCGAGUUCGGUGCAAGCUUCUGGGUCGACGACAUGGCCGGUUUCCCGUUGCCACCGCUCGACUUGGACCCUUUACCUCCUGGUCUUUUCAGUCCCUGCUCGGGGACCUAUAAUUGGGGUUGCCCCAGAGGAGAAUGCACGCCGAGGGCGAGUAACGCGAACGGAGAAGGCGUCGCGGACGUGUUGCUGUCGUUGAAACAUGCGGUGGUCCACCCCGGAAGUCCUACCGGCGGAUACUAUUCCACUGGAGGAUCGGGUCAUCAUUAUUCCCAGGAUUACACGCAAAAUCUUGGUCCACCUGUGCCACCGACGCACUACACGCCCACCCCGGCUAUGUCCGUCAACGUCUCCAUGAAUAUGACCAUGAAUAUGAACAUGCAUACUGGGUACGAGCAAAGUUAUUCGUCGGCAUGGGGCGUGGAACCCUUAUUGAGUCCCGCCCAGCAAUAUAAUCCGGUGGAGCAACAGACGAGGGUGAAUCAACCCCCGGCCAAUAGCCUGGUCGGCACGGGGGUUGGAACCCAUCCUCACCCUCAUCCCCCGGCGCACGGCCAUUCCAGGCUGCAACUACCCGGCGAACAUGCGCUGUGCGUAGCCGCUUCCGGAAACCCGGUUACACCCGACGAUAAUGGCAGACCUAACCUUUGCAGGAUCUGCGGGAAAUCGUACGCGAGGCCCAGCACCCUGAAAACGCACCUCAGAACGCACUCUGGGGAGAAACCGUUUAGGUGUCACGCGUGCUCGAAAGCUUUUAGCCAAGCCGCGAAUUUAACCGCCCACGCGAGAACCCAUUCCGGAGAAAAACCGUUCCGAUGUCCCGUGUGCGAUCGACGAUUCUCACAGAGCAGUUCUGUGACCACACACAUGAGAACGCAUUCGGGAGAACGCCCGUACAGGUGUCGUUUCUGCAAGAAAGCAUUCUCGGAUAGUUCUACGCUAACGAAACAUCUUCGUAUUCACUCCGGCGAGAAACCGUACCAGUGCAAGCUGUGCUUGCUGAGGUUCAGUCAAAGCGGUAAUCUCAACAGGCAUAUGAGAGUCCACGGCGGCUCUCUAACGUGACACAGCUCAAUAUCGAUCAUCGACGACAAUCGCAUUUUACCGCGGUGUUGUCGAAUACCUGUGAUUCAACUUGGCUCGAGCUUACCAGAGAAAAUGUAAAAUAAAUUUUAUCUGCGAGGCAACACGGCCGAUACUCACGAUCAGAGUUUUCAUUCCUGACUGAUACAUCUAAUUAAAUGCGUAUUCGAAUUUGCAAAAGCGUUUAUAUAUAUAUAUAUAUACUAUGUACGAACACAUCCGGUUAUUUAAGGGCUUACAUUUGGAUAUUUUUUUAAACGACACAUAAGACAAGUAAUAAUCACAAUAUGUGUUAUAUUUGGCAUUAGGAACUCAUCGAGAAUAUGUAUCAUUAUCAUCAUCACGAUCAAUGUCGUCGUCGUCGUCAUCGUCGUCGUCGUUUCCUGAAUCGGAACGUUCAAUUGGAAGAAAUAAAAUGAAUGAGUCGUAUAUCGGCACCGUUUAUAACUUUAGAAAGUAAUGCACUCGCGAAGUUUCCUGAUCGCUCGCUAUUUGUACGUUAUUAUUUACAAAAUAUAUAGGUCAGGAUAGGUUAACAGGGUAUCGCAGAUUUAGACCUACAGUAUCCACCACAGCACCGUUGAUUAUUGUACAAAUAUUGUAUUUAUUAUAAUUAUUAUUAAUUAUAAUCUUAAUGUUGCUGUUUUCA